CUACAGUCGUAGCAAAUGGAAGCGCGUUUGUUUAUUGGCAUCGGAUAUUUCUUACUGUAUAGAUGGCUAUCAUGUGACGGACAUGUGACGGACAUGUGACUGACCCCUCUUUCUCCAAUUGCUUCCCCUCACUCACUCAUCCCGUCCUUCACCAUCCACACUCACACUCUUUCUUCCACUUGCACCACCUAUAUUCACUGUGUCACUCUCUACAAUUGUAUCCGUCGUUCAUCCUCACCCACAGUCCCAUGGCCUCUCGCCCCGUCAUCGCCAUUGCCGGCUUGGCCUGCGAAACCUCCGCCUUCACCCCCGCACGCACCCACGCGGCCGCCUUCCACCCACGCCGCGGCCACGAAAUCCUCGACGAAUACCCCUUCCUGCGCCCCAACACUCCCCUCGGCGACGCAGCAUCCUGGCAUGGCGCAUUGAUCGGUCACGCACUGCCCGGGGGAGUCGUCGUCCGUGCCGACUUCGAAGCCCUAGCAAUCGAGAUCGUCUCCCGACUCACCCAAAUUGCAGCCUCGACACCGAUCGACGGACUAUGGUUUGACAUCCACGGUGCUAUGGUAGUGGAGGGACUAGACGACGCGGAGUUCGAGCUCCUCGGUCGGAUCCGCAGGGUCGUCGGGCCGCAGUGCGUCGUCUCCGCGUCGAUGGAUCUCCACGGAAACGUGUCGCGCAAUCUGGUCCACCAGACCGAUCUGAUCACCUGUUAUCGCAUGGCACCGCACGAGGAUGAGACGGAGACUAAGGAACGCGCGUGUCGGAACUUGGUGGAUCUGCUGCUUCGUCGGGAUUGCCCACCCGGUGCGACCGUGCGCCCGCGCCCGCUCAAAGCAUGGAUCCCCCUGCCCAUCUUGCUGCCGGGGGAGCAGACUUCCACCCGUGUGGAGCCGGCCAAAGGGUUGUAUGCGCUUGUGCCUGAGGUCCAGGCGGGGGACGGGGUGAUCGACGCGGCGAUCUGGGUGGGCUACGCGUGGGCGGACGAGCCGCGCAACCGCGCGGCGGUCGUCGUGACGGGGUGGGAGGAGGGGGCGGUGGUGGCGGGGGCGCAGCGGCUGGCCGAGUCGUUCUGGGAUGCACAUGCGGAGUUCCACUUCGUUGGGCCCACGGGGUCGUUUGCCGAGUGCAUCGAUGUGGCGCUGGCGUCUGCGCCCGAGGCGCGGCCGUUCUUUAUCUCGGACUCCGGCGACAACCCUACCGCUGGUGGGUCGGGUGAUGUCACCUGGGGGCUGGCUCGAUUGUUGGAGAGACCAGAGUUCCAGGGGCCCGAUGGACCGCUGGUGAUCUAUGCCAGCUUGCCGGGGCCGCAGGCCGUGCGGACCAUGGUGGAUGCAGGGGUGGGUGCCACGGUGACGGUCACGGCGGGGGCGGAGGUGGAUGCCGUCCAUGCAGGGCCGAUCACCUUGACCGGGCGCGUGCAUGCGAUCAAGCAUGGUGACAAGGAUGCCCGGGUCGAGGCGGUGUUGCAGGUCGGCUCGGUGUUUGCGAUCCUGACGCAGCUCCGCAAGCCUUAUCAUCAUGAACGGGAUUUUACUGAUCUGCAGCUGACCCCUCGGAUGGCCGAUCUGGUGAUUGUUAAAAUCGGAUACUUGGAGCCAGAGUUGUUUGAGAUGGCUGCCGACUGGAUGCUGGCGCUGACUCCAGGGGGUGUCGAUCAAGACCUCGUCCGUUUGGGACACCGCCGCAUUCGUCGUCCUAUGUGGCCUUUUGACACUGUCUUCCCUUCUCCUCCCGAUCUUCGUGCGCGACUUAUUCCUGCUUCGGAUCAGACGCUGUCAGCGCCGGAUGAAUAGUUGAUUCAGGCACAGUACAAUUGGCAUACGUGACUAGCCCGAGUCUCGGUGCAAUUUUCCUAUUCAUCAGCGAAAGCGUCUACAUUAUUCUACGCAGAUGACGUCGUAGAUCGAACCAAUCAUUACAUCAUUUUGGAACAAGACAAGGUAUCUAAACAGUACAAUACACGACACGAGAUCAGACAUCAAAACUUCUACUCCUUGUUGGCAGCGCCAGUGAAGGGGCAACCAGAGG